UUCAGGAGGACGUUGCAGCACUCUGUGGUUCCAUCCACCCGGAGCCGGAGGCCUCACCAAGCGUCGCUCUCACUUCUGAGUGAAGACUCACAAGCACGGAGACCUGGGUCACAGUCUCGCGAACACACCGCGUCAACCUCACCCAGGAAUUGUCUUGGGGACCCAUGAAAAUAGAGUUGGAGUGGAAAGCAAUGCUGCCUUGAUGCAGUCAGCCUCUCCGUGCUGCACAGGAACCCGUGGUGCUGUUAAAAUACGCGAGGGCGAGCAGCAGAGAGGACGAGCGGAGCAGCCGUGCACCGGCAGGAGGCAUGGCGUGGGUGACGGGAGACCCCCUGGGCAUGGGCUGCGUGGCCAUUGACGUGCUCUGUCUGCUGCUGGCCUGGCUGCCUGUGAUCAUCCUCAAUCAGCCGUACGUCUCUCCGUUCCACCGGGGGUUCUACUGCGACGACGAGAGCAUCCAGUACCCCUUAAAAGGGAGCACCAUCACGCACCAGGUGCUCUACGCCGUGGGCGUCAUCCUGCCGAUGGCCUCGAUGAUCGUGGGGGAGUGCGUGGCCGUGCGCUACCUCAAGCACCGGCCGACGUCGUUCGUGCACAGCCCGUACGUGGUGGCCCUCUACCGCGCGCUGGGGCCCUUCCUGCUGGGCAUGGCCGUGAGCCAGAGCUUCACCAACGUCGCCAAGUUCGCCAUCGGCCGCCCGCGCCCGCACUUCUUGGCCGUGUGCCGCCCCGACCCCGCGCUGCUCAACUGCUCGGCCGGCUACAUCACCGACAAGGUGUGCACCGGCGCCCCCGACGACGUCAUCGCCGCACGGAAGUCGUUCUACUCCGGCCAUGCCUCGUUCGCAAUGUACACCUUGAUGUACCUGGCGCUCUACGUGGAGUCUCGCCUGCGCUGGCGCGGCGCCCGCAUCCUGCGCCCCUUCGUGGAGUUCGUGCUGGUGCUCAUGGCCGUGUACGUGGGGCUGUCGCGCGUCUCCGACUACAAGCACCACUGGAGCGACGUCCUCGUGGGCCUCCUGCAGGGAGCCGCCGUCGCCUUCGCCACCGCGUUGCUCGUCUCGGACCUCUUUGUGGACGGCUGGAAGCAGGGCAGGGUGCGGAGCGACGCCAGCGGUGAAGUGGCGAGGGAAGACGAGGAAUCGGCGCGCUCCGCUCCGCCCCUGGGCCCAGGCCUCGGGGCCGAAUCGCGGCCUGGCUACGGCGUGUGUCGGCGACCGGCUCCCAGCGCACGCCUCGAGGAGGAGGAAGAGGAGGAAGAGUAGGGGGUGGGGAGCAGCAGCUGUGGGGUCACGCUAUGGGGGGCACGGUUCUUACCCCCCGGCCGAGUCCACCAACUUUUUUCUGCCUCUACGUUUCCACGGUGGCCGGUUUGCUCGCUGCUGCCUCCCCGCAAACUUCACCGCUGCGCGAGGAGCUUGCUCGCAGCCUAUCCGUGCCGCGGUGACAUUUGCCCGCAGGACUGGCACCGGCGAAUGCACCGACGAGCUCGGAGUGGUCGCGGUCGCCACCUCCUUCGUCACCAUCGCGGUCGUUGCCGUCCCUUGGGCACCGAUCCUCGGGCAUUCGUCGUAAAUUUCAAUCGCCAUCGUCGGCACCGUUUCAUCAGCUUCGUCUUGGUCACUGCGUCUUGUUUUUAGUUUCUGAAGAAGCUGCCGUCACGUGGAGUCAAACGUCGGACACCGUGCCAAACAACAUGGCGGUACGACCCGAAAACACAGCGGGAGAGCUGGCAUGCCAUGGUUGUCACCUUGUGUUCAUCAUCAUCAUUGUCCUGAGUACAAGAUCAUCACCAUGGUCAUAAUUGAUACUCCUCAUCCUCACCAUAUUUGCUGUUUAAGCCACUAAUUUCUUUUUUUACCACUGGAGCUGUAAAGUGCCGACCCUAAAUCACGAGGUAUAGUUCCGCACGACGCCUCCGCGGGCGCUCCACGAGGCGGGCCGUGUGGCCGAGCGCUCCGAUUGGCCGGUGGAGCGAGGAGCUGUCGUGGGGCCUUGUGUCCACUCCAUCGGUCGCGGGGGCGGCCGGGGGUCACGGGAGGCGCGAUGACCACUCUCGCGUGGGAGCGCGGCGGAGGCGGCCGCUGUCGGAGGAGUGGCCGUGAGUUUGACUCGGGGUCCCAGGAGGAACCACUGAAUGGGCUCGCAGCCACUUCUGUGGGGAAAACGGCUACGCUGCUGUGUGUGCGCUUUGUGUGUCUGUGCACAGACACAGUCCAAAAGUUUAAAAAAUGUGAUUCAAAAGUAUGCCCCGACUCGAACAUUUUACAUUUUUAUUCUACUCUAGUAACUAACCCUCUAUUUAUGUACUAUCAUGUAGUGUUAUUGGCAUGUCAAAAUGUUAACAUCUAAUUAAGCCUAAUGGUCUUGUAUUACCAUUGUAUUAGCCAACAAUCUCAUUUUCAAGACGUUUUGACCGCCGCAAUGUGUAUAUAAGCGAAUAAUGCGUAUUAUUGCUUCAGUCCCACGAAUUUUAAAAAGGUAAAUAAAAUUGUCUCUACUCUCUCUCAUUCCCUUGCUACCCACGUUACUCGGCACCCACCUCGCCCCCCGUGACGUCCCAGCACCUGGCACGGGCACGCGGUGGCACCAGGGCCUCUCAGGGGUCACCCCGAGCUCCCAUCGGGCGCGUCGAUGGCCUCUCGUCUGUGCUGACGCGGCUGUGGGACCGGGAGAGGAUGGGUGGUGCGUAGGCUUCGUGCUUGAACCGGAGCAAGUCACCGACCGACAUCCAUGGCCCUGCUAUUGUGUUAAUGGGGAGUACGGUUGCGGGAUGCCUUGUGUUCACCCUGUGGUUGUUGUGUGGUUGUCUUGUGGUUGUGGAAUGUAAUUGCAAUGUAUGCAAGGAUGGGUCUGCUGUGCCAUUCUCUUUGAGCAGUAUAGUUUAUGGAAUGUGUUAAUCUGAACCCCUUUGGUCCUAGAAUGUGGGUAUGAAUGCUUUGUGAUUGUCGCGCCUUGUCACGUGGCUGUGGGCAACUGGGUUCAGGGGCAACUUGCAACUCACAUUGGUACCUGUAUCACGAUUCUCAUCACAAUGCCUACGGUCAUGAGAUCACCGCUUGACUAAUCAAGGGAUGAUGCCAAGUCCUGAUGGCGUUGGAAUGUCAGGAACAACUUCAACUGUGCUCUUAUUAAAAUAAGUCUGCCUUAACUUUGACUUCCCAACAGCCUAAACUUCCGUGAUGGUGGAAAUAAUUUCAUUGGAGAACUGGGUAAAAACACACAGGGUACGUGAUAGUGUGGAGUACAAAGUGUGGAAAAAUUCAUGUUGCAAUUUUUUACCUAUAAAAUACGUUACAAACAGAUGUACAAUGAUGACAAUUGGGAAUAUUUGGGGCGGAACAAGACUUGCAGUGGUGUUGGGCUGGUCGUACGUGCCAGCCAUGUGUGUUUCAAUUAAAAUUCCCUGGAAGAAUCGAGCAGGGAAUUUGAGUUAUUCUUUCCUCGUGGUCUCCGUCAGACCUGGAGAAGGUUUCAUGCCAGAUGGUGGUGGGAAUAUUUGACCACCGAGUCGCUUGGAGAUCAAACUCCUUUCUGAUAUGCGAUUGUUGUUGCUUAAAUUGUUGUUCUGCAAGUGCUUGUACAUUUCUACUGGAGGGAGAGAUGAUAUGUUUGGCCAGGGAUCACGUAAUCAUGUCUUAUUGAACCAUACAUUAUUAAUAUAACAAUAUGGAAGGUCCUGAUCCCCAGUUGUGGACAUGCAUGCAUAUUUAAAUCGCUAUUUGAAGCAAUAGCAACAACAAACGAUUAUCUUGGUGCAAAAAAACGAACCGGGCUGCCCUUCGUCAACGUGGAUGCCUCCCCAUCACAAACCUCCGCACCCCCUCACCUCCUCGGGUCGCAGCCACCAAUCCCCACAGAUGAUCGCGAUCGGAGGUCAGUGGCUGGAUAGCAGCCACGCAAUGACUGGCUAACAGGUCGCAACCGGGUACCCGAUACCCGUACCCUACCCGAUACCCGGCUACCCGUACCCGGCCGGGUACGGGUAGCCGUUUGCGACCCUGGUGCGGCCGGGUACGGGUACGGGUAGGCCGUGAGUCACUGGUGAGUAACCGUUUGUCACUCAUUCCGGUAGGGUACGGGUAAGGAAUCAAAACCCUUUUGCGACCUCUGCUGGCUACCCCCACCAGCGAUUGGAUGCAUUGUCACGAUUCAGGGAUUUGACUUUCAUUUAAGAUUAGAUUAUUUUUUUUGUUUCGUUUUUGCCAACCUGUUUGUGUUCCGAUUCGGUCUCCGUUUGUACAGUUCUGUAUGCUUCAUUCAUUUGCUACUACUUAGAAUAAUAAUUUGAAUGUUAGGAAUUACUUUACGAAAAUAAAGUAAAUGAUUUCACGA